AUGAAUGUACCAGUUAAAACAAUAAAUGGAGAAGAUCCAUUUAAUAUUAUUCGUGAAUUUGGAAAGAAAUAUUCAGCAUUAAAAUAUCCACAUGCACAAUUUACAGAAGCAAAAGAUGAAUUUGUUGAAGGUGAUUUAAGUUAUUUACCAUUGACAAAAGAAUAUUUAAAUACACAAAUAAGUAUUACAUGGGAAAAUGGAGAAAGUGUGAGUGUUAAUUAUAAAAUAUAUAGAGAAACAGCAAGUGUAUCAAAUAGCAAUGAAAAACUAAAACAAGGAAUUAGAAAACCAUUAACUGAAGAAGAAACAAAAGAUAUAAUCAAUACAAAGAAAGCACUCGAUGAAAAUGAUAGAAUUACAAGAAAAUUUACAUCAAAAGAUAAUAAUAUUCAUUGUACACUUUCUGUGAAUGGUGUAAACACAUUAGUAGUUCGUUCUUUUGAUACAGAAGUCAAAGAGUCAUAUGAAGAAACAAUUUUAAAUUGUAUUGAUUUGUUUGAUUCUAAUAAUUAUCCUAUUCAAGUCAUAUUCCCAAAGAAUGGAGGAGGAUCUGGUAAUUAUUCACAAUGGAUAGAAAAGAUAUUAUCACCAUAUGAUGAUGUUAAUUAUAUA